AUGUUUCCAGUCAGGCAGCCUUGGCUUUGCAAAGCCUUAGGUUUCUAUGAUUGCUGUGUGCGCUGCAUGGGGGCAAUCCCGUACCCCUCCCUGGUGGCCACCUUGCUGUGGUUUGCCGGGGCAGCAUUGUUCUGUGGUGCCGGGCACCAAGCUCUGGACCACACAGAAGUCCUGGUUGAGACCCACUUUGCCCGUAACCCUGAGGACUAUGUGGUCAUGGAUUCUUUCAUCAGGUAUUUCCAGUAUGUCAUCUACGGCCUGGCCUCUUUCUUCUUUCUCUAUGGUGUUUUUCUUUUGGCUGAGGGCUUCUACAGCACUAGUGCCGUUAAACAGCAGUUUGGGGAGUUCAGGAGCACGCAGUGUGGACGUGGCCUCAGCCUCACGUUUAUUAUAGUGACAUACAUCCUGGCUUUCAUCUGGCUCGUGGUGUUCGCAUUUAGUAUCAUCCCACUCUUCUUCCUCUUCAACAUGGAACAAACCUGUCAUAACAUCAACAUUUUGGCAGAGACCACCCCCAGCAUCAAUCAGCACAACUGGAUAUGCAUGGACGCCAGGCAGUACGGUCUUCUUCCGUGGAACGCAAUGCCAGGCAAAUCGUGUGGGAUGACCCUGGCGUCAAUUUGCAAAACCAGUGAAUUCCACGUGGUCUACGACCUCUACAUCGCUGCAUUUGCAGGAGCAGGAGUCAUGCUGUUAGCACUGUUUGUGUAUCUUGUGGCCACCACCUACAACUACGCUGUCCUGCGGUUUCUUGGCAGGAAAGGUAUCCGCUAA